AUGAAGCGCAAACCAUCUGAGCAGGAGGGGACUCCUUCAAAACGCGCACCAAGACAGGACCCAGUGUCUUGCGAGUUAUGCAGAAGAAAGAAACUCAAGUGCAACCGCCAGCAACCAUGCAGCAGCUGCGUGACGCGACAAUUGCCCUGCAGCUACGGGGCAUCGGUAUCCUCGUCAAAUAUAAGUCACGAUCAACCAGCUGAUAGUACAAGAGAUACAAAGGCGAUAUCAGAUGAGAGCCGGGUUCCAACUGCGAAUAUUGUUGUCGCACGUUCGGAUGGUCAGAUAUCGCGCGACAGAAACGAGUCCGUGAUGACAGCGGACUGGCUCGAGAAGAUUGUCUUGGGGGAUCGAGUUCCGACGGGCAUGCGAGCGACGCGAAGGGGACUGAAUGAACCUUCAAAGGCCGAUGUUAAGAGUCCUGGGCAAGCAGUCGCGGGGAAUCCUCUGUCGAUAUCCUGGACGGCUUCUUCUGAGAACCCCGCGACGGUUCAGUUGCCUUCAUUCCUGCCAAAGAAGGCGGAAGCAAUGACUCUGUUCCAGUAUUAUAACAAAUACAUCGACUAUCUGUACCAUAUCAUCCUACCAGACCGGGUAAAAGAACAAAUCGACGCCAUCUACCAAGCUAUUAAAGACCAGGAACAGCUGAAUUUAAACCACCUGGCUCUUCUGUUCAGCAUAAUCGCAAGCUCCCUUUUCCUACAAUUGUCUAUUGAGUCUUCUGUCCAUGCAGAGGCAUGUAGUCGAGAAUAUAUCUUCUUGACAGGUGCUGCUUUGAUGCAAAGUAACUACUCUGCAUAUCCGACAAUCGAGGGACUACAGGCGAUGUUAAUAGUGGCGCAUAACUUAUCCAACACGAACUGUCAUCCAUCCGUUCGUGCGGUUUUUGUGCAUGGCGCAAUUGUUAGUCAAGCGAAGAGUCUCAUGCUACAUUGUAUCGACUCGCCUCAGUUCGAAAAAAAGGCCGACGCUGAUAUGAUGGAAGUCGAGCUCAAACGGCGCCUUUGGUGGGAUUUGGCGUCAUAUGACUGGUUGUUGGGCUUCCUCAGCGGUCCGCAGGAAAACACAUAUCUCAUCCAUCCGGACCACAUGAACGUCCAAAGACUGGCAAAUAUAGAUGACACAAUACCAGACAGCAAAGAAGAACAUUCGUUGCCAACUUCAACGCCAACAAAAAUGUCUUAUUCUCUCGAGCGGCUCAAGCUCGCAGAAGUGUGCCGAGAGAUAGUUGAUGCAAUUGCCUAUGAAAACCUGCGAGGAAGAGAAGUAAGCUACGAUAAAAUUCUCGAGCUGGAUCGUAAACUCCGACAAGCCUAUGAUUUUCCGGCCUUUUUCCGUCUUGAUUCCGUUUCCAGACAUCAAUAUGCAUCUCUCUAUCAUCACCGACCAGCAAUCGCUUGGCAACGAUGUCUCCUACAUCAAGCUUACCAUUCACGCUUGUGUCGACUACAUCGCCAAUAUUUGAUUCGAGGGGCUCGUGAUCCGACAUAUUCAUAUUCCCAUGUGGUCUGUCUCCAAUCAGCGCGCAAGGUGCUUGAAAUCAAGAGAAUCAUGGAUGAUGAUGAGCCGACAUUUAUGCCGCCAAGCUCAGUGGUCUGGUCAGUUAUGCAUCAUGUAUUCAUGGCUGCUGUUAUCCUGUUGAUGGACGUCUGCUUCAACUGGGAUGAUAUACUUGCGGACAAGAGAAAAGAAGAAGUGCUGGAUGCAUGUCGCAUGUUGAGUAAAGCACAGCAAUCCUCAUCUACUGUUCGCGAGGGAAUCAAUGCAAUGAUGGAGGUUCUGCAGAAGCAUUGGAAGGUAUCCAGCAGCAAGCAAUCUGCGGUAGCAUCGUCUCCUGUCAUAAACUCUAUGGAGAUGGGUAAUCUGGCUCGCGAUUUAUCCCCGACUACCGAGUCGCAAACUGCUGAUCUCAAGCCAUCUCUGACAGAUCUUCCAAGUAGUGCGAUGGACGGUACCGGGGAGACGCUUGAAGAUAUAUGGACCGAGAUGCUAGACAGCAGCGGGAAUCUGUCUUUUGAUACGCCAGACUGGACGGGGCUAUUAACCGAGUUAACAAAUGCCACUGUAUCUUAUUGA